UUUAAAAAAGAAAUAAAAAUGGGAUAGGAAAAAAGUUGUGGCCCUUUGAAGAUUCAACCCAGUCCUCUUGUUCUCUCUUGUUUCUCUCUCUACCCGCAAUUUGCGAGAGGAUUAUGAUCUACCAUCUUAUCGCAAUGGUUUUUCGACUCUGAUUCUGGAUCAUAUCGCCAUAUAAAUUCGUACCGGAAUACAGUAAACAAGCAGCUUCGUUUUAGCUAAUAGCAUGGGAUAAUCAGAUAUCCUGGAAGUGUACGAUUCUUGAGUAAUUAUCAUUGAACAGGCUGUUUUUUGAAUUGUUAUUUUCCGGAAUAAGGGAGAUUCGUUGGAUUGAUCUAUUUGUGCUUUACGGAUUGGCCAUGCGACGGUUGCUCUCGGCGGCGAUCGGCCUCUCCAGAGAGGACUCCACCACCUCCAACGCUACCUGUUACGGCGCUCAAAUUGUAUUUGUUCUUGCUGCUUCAGAAUUAGCUGGUAUUUUGCGAGCCGAUUGCUGCAGAUCACAAGAUGGCCGCCGAUACUCAUGGCCCUAGCCCCAAGGUUCUCCUCUGCAAUGCUGGCGCCGGUGCUGCUGCUGGAGUCAUUGCAGCUACGUUUGUAUGCCCUUUAGAUGUUAUUAAGACUAGGUUUCAGGUACAUGGGUUGCCACAGCUCCCUAAUGCUAAAGUCAAAGGUAGUGUUAUCGUAGGUAGCUUAGAACAGAUAUUUCAAAAGGAGGGGUUACGUGGCAUGUAUCGGGGGCUAGCCCCAACAGUGCUUGCAAUGCUCCCAAAUUGGGCGGUGUAUUUUACGAUUUAUGAUCAACUAAAGAGUUCUCUUGGUGCUGAUGAUGUAAAUCAUCAGCUCCCUCUUGGUGCAAAUAUGAUGGCUGCCGCUGGUGCUGGGGCUGCGACUACAAUUGCAACAAAUCCUCUUUGGGUUAUCAAGACAAGACUUCAGACACAAGGAAUGAGAAAAGGUGUGGUUCCUUAUAGGAGUACACUGUCUGGCUUAAAGAGAAUUGCACACGAGGAGGGUAUUCGUGGAUUGUAUAGCGGUCUUGUACCAGCUCUGGCUGGUAUUAGUCAUGUUGGAAUUCAGUUUCCAACAUAUGAGAAGAUAAAAAGUCACUUGGCUGACCGAGAUAACACCACGACGGAUAAACUUAGUGCAAGUGACGUUGCACUAGCUUCAUCAGUUUCGAAAAUAUUUGCUUCGACCUUGACAUAUCCACAUGAGGUUGUGCGUUCAAGACUACAAGAACAAGGGCACCAUUCGGAGAAGCGGUAUUCUGGUGUUGUUGAUUGCAUUAAGAAAGUAUUUCAGCAAGAGGGUAUCUCCGGUUUUUACCGGGGUUGUGCAACCAACCUGCUGAGAACAACCCCAGCUGCUGUAAUCACAUUUACCAGUUUUGAGAUGAUUCACCGUUUUCUUGUUACUUUAUUCCCUCCGGAUCCACAUCCUCAGACAUUAUCAGGAUGAGUUUUGCUUGAAUGAUGGAACCAUCUUUUCAAAAGCAGUUCUGUGUUGUGUCCAGUCCACAAGCAUGUCUCAUGAAUAGACCACCAGUCUUUUCUAUUUGUAAACUAUGACUUUCCUGAUUGUUUGUGUAUUCUAAUUGUUAGGAGGGAAGUAUUCUAAUGAGAAUGUUAAUGAUGAAAAAUUGUUACAGUGCAGGAAUUUCCAAUUGAAGGUUUCUGAUUCUUUUCUCA